UUCAAAAAGAUAUAGUGCGCAUCCUCCCCAGUUUAGAUGUUGAAGUCAAAGACAUUACUGACAGUUAUGAUGCCAACUGGUUUCUUCAGCUGUUAUCGAUGCAAGAUCUUUUUGAGAUGACCAGUGAAGAAUUCCCCAUAGUGGCUGAAGUCAUAGAAGCGCCUAAAGGAAACCAGUUGUCCGGAAGCAUAUUACAGCCUGGGAAAACCAUUACGAUCCACAAAAAGUACCAGGCAUCGAGGAUCUUAGCUUCAGAAAUUCGAAGCAAUUUUCCUAAAAGACACUUCUUGAUCCCCACUAGUUAUAAAGGCAAAUUCAAGAGGCGACCUCGAGAGUUCCCAACCGUGUAUGACCUGGAGAUAGCAAAGAGUGAAAAGGAACCUCUCCACGUGGUGGCCACCAAAGCCUUUCAUCCCCCUGACUGUGAGCUGUCCUCCGUAUCUGUCGGGGACCAGUUUCUAGUGCAUCACUCACAGACGACUGAAGUGCUUUGUGAGGGGAUCAAAACAGUGGUGAAUGUCCUGGUCUGUGAAAAAAUCCUCAGAAAAUCCUGUGAGGCAGCCGCGCUCCCUUUGUACAUGGAGGGAGGUUUCGUAGAGGUGAUUCAUGAUAAGAAACAGUACCAGAUUGCUGAGCUCUGUGCACAGUUCUGUUUGCCCUUCAAUGUGAAGGUAUCAGUGAGAGAUCUUUCCAUUGAUGAGGACAUUUUAGUUGCCACACCAGGACUGCAGUUGGAGGAAAUGAUCACAGACUCUUACCUACUCAUAAGCGACUUUGCCAACCCCAUGGAGUGUUGGGAAAUUCCCGUUGGCCGCUUGAAUAUGACCGUGCAGUUAGUUAGUAAUUUGUCUAGGAAUACAGAAUCGUUUCUGGUCAGGACUCUGGUGGAAGAGAUCACUGAAGAACAAUAUUACAUGAUGCGGAGAUAUGAGAGCUCUAUCUUGCACCCUCCACCUCGCCCACCCAAACAUCCCUCCUUGGAAGAAACAAAGUUAACUCUGCCAACCUCAGCAGAAGAAAAGACACUGGGUCAGCCUAAGUCUCCCAAG